UCGCGCACUUCCGGGUGUUGUCUGGCCGCUGCCGUGCGUCUCGGGUCUCCCGGCCGCCGCCGCCGCCGCCGCCGCCGCCUCGGGUCGUGGAGCCAGGAGCGACGUCACAGCCAUGGCCGGCAUCAAAGCUUUAAUUAGUUUGUCCUUUGGAGGAGCAAUUGGGCUGAUGUUUUUGAUGCUUGGAUGCGCCCUUCCAAUAUACAACCAAUACUGGCCCCUCUUUGUUCUGUUUUUUUACAUCCUUUCACCUAUUCCAUACUGCAUAGCAAGAAGAUUAGUGGAUGACACAGAUGCUAUGAGUAAUGCUUGUAAGGAACUUGCCAUAUUUCUUACAACAGGCAUCGUUGUCUCAGCUUUUGGACUCCCUAUUGUCUUUGCCAGAGCACAUCUGAUUGAGUGGGGAGCUUGUGCACUUGUUCUCACAGGAAACACAGUCAUCUUUGCAACUAUACUAGGCUUUUUCUUGGUCUUUGGAAGCAAUGACGACUUCAGCUGGCAGCAGUGGUGAAAAGGAAUUACUGAACUGUUGUUAAAUGAACUUCCUGUCAUUUGUUGGCCAUUCACGCACACAGGAGUUGGGGCAGUAAUGGCGAAUGGUAUAGCAGCCUCUUGGGGGUAUUCUAGGUGCUCCCUUCUCACUUUUAUUGUAAGCAUACUAUUUUCAUAGAGACUUGCUGAGGGAUUAAAAGGAUUUUCUCUUUUGGAAAAGCUUGACUAAUUUCACACUUACCUAUAGUAUGCUUUUUGUGGUGUCCUGCUGAAGUUGAAUAUUUAUGUGUUUUUCCUGUUCCAUCUUUUUUUUCUUGGAGUUGACAAGCAAUGUUAAACAUGUUUUAAAUGUAAUAACCAUUUGCAUUGGUUAGGCAUUCAGAAUCCUGCUGGCUGUAUUACUGGGCUAAUCUCUUUAAUUAUUUAGCCUCCAUUAUUACAAAAAGUUAUAAAAAUAAGUUUUCAAUCAGUCAGGAUGACAUCACUCCCAAUGUUAUGCAAAUAUGCAGACCAUUGGCAUACCUUAUAGACUAUAUACUCAGUGCAAAUAAAGCUGCAUCUAUACCUCAGAGGGGCCAAGGAUUAAUGCCCGUACCCUCCAUAAGGGUCGCAGGUUUUACUAGUAAACAGGUAUUUUGUGAAUUGAAAAUUAUUUUAUGAGAUUGCUUCAAAGGAGUGCUUUUUUCCUCAACUGUUAGAAGAAUUUAUGUUAAACUUUAAGGUAAGGGUGUAAAAAAAUUUUUUGAGAUAGGGUUUUUAUUUAUGUUCAUUAUAGCUAAAGUAGAGUAAGUUGCAAUGUGGGAAGAACCAACGUUGAAAUUCCAGUUUUUGAAUCCUGUUUCUAUUUAUAAAUGAAACUUUUGAUCUUCUGUUCGCCUCUCAUGUUUAUCCUGAGUAAAAUGGACAUACAUGAAAUUCCUGCUGAUGAGGGACAGUUGUAUGUUUGCAUCAUAGAUACCAGGAAACCUUCCUCUGCUUCUUCCUUUUAACUUAUUUUGUAUGUUGUAUAUAUUACAUAAAAUAACUUUUCAAACAUAGUUUAAUAACACUUAGAACUCUUCACUCACCUGGAAAAUAAUUGCUAUGCCAUACAUUGACUGCCCCCUCCCACAAGGUCUUGUCGCGAUUAACAGGAGACUUAGUCCUGCAAAUAUUUCAUGCAUUAACAGUUUGAGGUCUAGACCAUAAUAAUGGUAGUUCUUAUUCUCUGAGGUUAUAUCAUAUGUAAUUUUAAAAUACUUAAGACAUAUUUCCUGUAUACCUCUCAACUGUUUUGAUUUGAUUGAUCUGCUUUAGCCUUAUAAAAGGCAUUGUAUGAAUUAAUGCAAAGUAGCCAAAUCCAGCUGUAUAGCAGCUUCAGACACCUACCUGACCAAAAAAUUCCCAGUAACUAGGCAUAAUCAAAUUGUAGUGGCCAUUUACAUCUAACAGUUAUCGGGACUUUUUUCAGAAGCUGGUUAUGAAAAUGUUCAAGUUGGUCUGACAGUAUUUUGUUAAGGAUAUUUGUUUGUCUGUUUAUUCAGUAUACUGACAUAAAAAUUGUUUUGCCUUCAGCCAAAGCUGAGUAAUCAUGACAGCUAUCUUUUGUUGUUUUAUAAAGUUUAUUUCUCAAGAAAAUGGGAACACAUUUUGGGUUUGUUCAGCGUUUUACUGAAGAUGCCUAAAGCCACAGGUUUUAUUGCCUCCCCCAAGCUGUUACUUUGAACUUCGAGAUGAUGGGAUGCAGGAAGCAGUAUCAUCAUGGGGCUGUACCCUUUACACAUGAGGCUGAAAAUGGCUUGCAGCAAUAUAAUGUUCCAGACUUAAAGAGGAAGGUACAGGUAUACAUGAAUUGGAAGCUGGUGAUAACAUUUGGGAACUCUGUGCCUGUGAUCUACUGGAUUUUUUUUGCAGGAAGUGCAUUCUCUGGUCCUUCCCCAUUUUCUGUUCUUCUAGAUGUCAGUGCAGUGCACUGCUACUGUUUUAUCCACUUGGCCAUAGACUCUUUUUCUAACAGCUACAUAUUCUUUCUGUAUACUAAUUGCAUUGGCAGCAUUGUGUCUUUGACUUGUACACUAGCUUGAUAUAGUGCUGUCUCUAAUUUCUAGGCUAGUUACUUGAGGUAUGAGUUUUCCAUAGAAUAUGCUCUCAUAUAGCAUUGCCAUUCUUCUAUGGAAAGAAAACUUUUGAUGAUGAAACAAUAAAGAUUUUAAAUAUCUA